CCGGGAAGAAGAAUUGGCGCGGAUUGCUCUGUUGUGUUUGUUGACUUGACACAUCGAGGGCGCACGGUUUUAUAAAGUGAUUCAUAUUCAUAUAUAUAUAUAGACAUUUCAAGUGGAGAUAAUGGCGCCGGUAUUGAACCCGGAUAAGGACGCUGAUAAUGUCGACGACGGUGAAGCCUGCGGUCUGGCGGCGUCGCGCUCGAGACGAGAGAAGAGGGCGAGGACAGGCCGGACGGCGGCGCUCGAGCAGCUCCGGAAAGCCAAGAAGGGCGAGAAGCUGAAGUAUGAGGUGGAGGAGGUGGCCAGCGUGUACGAUGAGGUGGACGAGGACCAGUACUCCAAGAUGGUGCGCGAGAGGCAGGAUGACGACUGGAUCAUCGACAACGAUGGUACCGGCUACGUGGAAGAUGGAAGAGAGAUAUUCGAUGAUGACCUGGACGACGACGUGGUAGAACAGCGCGGGAAGGCGAGUGCUAAAGGAGCAGACUCCAAGAAGAACUUGAAGAAAACGGCGGUGGCCAAACCCAACAGCAUCAAGAGCCUCUUCAUGAACAGCAACGUCAAGAAACCUGCUGAGAAAGACGUGGACCUGUCCAAAGACGACCUGCUGGGAGACCUUCUGCAGGACCUCCACUCGGAGAAGCCGUCUCUGAUGACCCCGCCGCCGGUCGUCAGACUGAAGAAGAAGAAGUCUCUAGGAACUCCCAUGAACCCGUUCUCCAUCAGACGCCCACCUCCAAAGGAGUCCUUCUCACCAGUAACCCCAAAGAGCAAGCCUCCUCCCGUUGAGACCCCCAGGACCACCAACCGGCCCGCCGUCAAGGAAGAGGAGAUCCAGGUGGAAGUUCACGACUCUGAGUUCGAUGGGAUGGACUUCGACGAGCCGAUGGAGGUGGAAGCGCCGUCGCCCUGCGCCGAGGAGGAGGUCCAGCCCAAGGUGGAAGCGGCCCUGGAGACGGUGAAGGCCGAGCCCCAGGACCCAGUGCUGCUGUCCGGUCGGGCCGGUAGCUCGUGGGGACAGGAGGAGGAGGGCGGGGCCAAUGAGGGCCCAGCAGAGGUACAGGUGGACUCCAGCCAGCUCCCAUUGGUCCCGGGCCCGGAGGGAGAGCUGGUGUUCCGCUUCUACUGGCUGGAUGCGUUUGAAGACCAAUACAACCAGCCAGGCGUGGUCUACCUCUUUGGGAAGGUGUGGAUCGAGUCUGCCAAGGCCCACGUCAGCUGCUGUGUGGCCGUCAAGAACAUCGAGAGGACCAUGUACUUCCUCCCUCGCGAACAUAGAGUGAACACUAAGAACGGGGUGGUGUCGGACACGCCGGUGGGUCUGAUGGACGUCUACCAGGAGUUCAAUGAGCUGUCCGAGAGGUUCAAGAUCAUGAAGUUCAAGUCCAAGAAAGUCGAAAAGAGCUACGCGUUUGAAAUCCCUGACAUUCCCACUCAGUGCGAGUACCUGGAAGUCCGUUAUUCCGCCGAGUAUCCUACGCUCCCGGUUGACCUGAAGGGAGCGACGUUUUCCCACGUGUUUGGAAUCAACACUUCCAGCCUGGAGCACUUUCUCCUGAGCAGGAAGAUCAAAGGGCCGUGCUGGCUGGACAUCAAGACGCCACAGCUCAACAGUCAGCCGGUCAGCUGGUGUAAGGUUGAGGCGUUGGCCCUGAGGAGCGAGCUGGUGACGGUGGUCAAAGACCUACCCCCCCCCCCGCUCACGGUCAUGUCCGUCAGCCUCAAGACGGUGCAGAACCCCAAGACGCAUCACAACGAGAUUGUGUCCCUGGCUGCUCUGGUCCACCAUCGCUUUCACCUGGAUAAAGCCCCCCCCCAGCCGCCCUACCAGACCCACUUCUGCGUGGUGAGCAAGCCCGUGGACUGCAUCUUCCCCUACGACUUCAAGGAGGCCGUGAGGAAGAAGAACGGGAAGGUGGAGAUCGCCGCCACGGAGCGCACCCUGCUGGGAUUCUUCCUGGCUAAGAUGCACAAGAUCGAUCCCGACGUGCUGGUGGGCCAUGACAUCUUUGGCUUUGACCUGGAGGUGCUGCUGCAGAGGAUCAACUACUGCAAAGUCCCUCACUGGUCCAAAAUAGGAAGACUCAGGAGGGCGAAUAUGCCCAAAUUAGGGGGUCGUGGUUCAUAUGCAGAGAAGAGCGCCACCUGUGGCCGCCUGGUGUGCGACGUGGAGAUCUCGGCCAAGGAGCUGAUUCGCUGCAAGAGCUACCACCUGACGGAGCUGGCCCUCCAGGUGCUGAAGACAGAGAGGGCCACCGUCCCCCAGGAGGACAUCAGGAACCUCUACAGCGACUCUCCGCACCUGCUCUACCUGCUGGAGCUCACCUGGAUGGACGCCAAGCUGAUUCUCCAGCUCCUGUGUGAGCUCAACGUGCUGCCCCUGGCCCUGCAGAUCACCAACAUCGCCGGGAACGUCAUGUCUCGCACCCUGAUGGGCGGGCGGUCCGAGAGGAACGAGUUCCUGCUGCUGCACGCCUUCCACGACAAGAGCUACAUCGUGCCGGACAAACCCUCCUUCAAGAAGGCCCAACAGGAGACCACCGAGGGCGAGGAGGAGGGGGAUGCUGGGAAGGGCAAGAGGAGGAAGAAGCCCACGUACGCUGGAGGCCUUGUGCUGGACCCUAAGAUCGGGUUCUAUGAUAAGUUUGUGCUGCUGCUGGAUUUCAACAGCCUGUACCCGUCCAUCAUCCAGGAGUUCAACAUCUGCUUCACCACCGUGCAGAGAGAGGCGCACGUCCAACGCAGGAAGGGCGAGGAUGACGAGUCUGAAGAGAUCCCAGAGGUUCCCGAUCCCGAUCUGGACAUGGGAAUUCUGCCCAAGGAGAUCCGCAAGCUCGUGGAGCGCCGAAAGCAGGUCAAGCAGCUGAUGAAGCAGCAGGACCUCAACCCGGACCUCUACAUGCAGUACGACAUCCGGCAGAAGGCCCUGAAGCUGACCGCCAACAGCAUGUACGGCUGCCUGGGCUUCAGCUACAGCCGCUUCUACGCCAAGCCGCUGGCCGCCCUGGUGACGCACAAGGGCCGAGAGAUCCUUUUGCACACCAAGGACAUGGUACAAAAGAUGAAUCUGGAAGUUAUUUACGGCGACACCGACUCCAUCAUGAUCAACACCAACAGCAGAACUCUCGAGGAAGUCUUCAAGCUGGGCAACAAGGUGAAGGCAGAGGUGAACAAGAUGUACAAACUGCUGGAGAUCGACAUCGAUGGUGUCUUCAAGUCUCUGCUGCUGCUAAAGAAGAAGAAGUACGCCGCCCUGGUGGUGGAGCAGCUCGGCGACGGACGCUACAGCACCAAGCAGGAGCUCAAGGGCCUGGACAUCGUGCGCAGGGACUGGUGCGACCUGGCCAAGGAGUGCGGCAACUACGUGAUUGGACAGAUCCUGUCGGACCAGAGCCGGGACGCCAUCGUGGAGAACAUCCAGCAGCAGCUGGUGGAGCUGGGGGAGAGGGUGGCCAGUGGAGCCAUCGACCACCACCAGUACGAGAUCCACAAGGCGCUCACCAAGGAUCCUCAGGACUACCCGGACAAGAAGAGCCUUCCUCACGUGCACGUGGCCCUGUGGAUCAACUCCCAGCCCGGCCGCCGCGUCAAAGCAGGCGACACCAUCUCCUACGUCAUCUGCCAGGACGGCUCGGCGCUGGGCCCCAGCCAGAGGGCCUACGCCCUGGAGCAGCUCCAGAAGCAGGCCGGGCUGAGCCUGGACCUCCAGUACUACCUGGCCCACCAGGUCCACCCCGUGGUGGCCCGCAUCUGCGAGCCCAUCGAGGGCAUCGACGGAGUGCUGAUCGCCUCGUGGCUGGGUCUGGACCCCGCCCAGUUCCGGGCCCACCAGCAGAGCCAGCGGGAGGAGGCGGGGGAGGUCUCCCUGGGGGCGCCGGCCCAGCUGACGGACGAGGAGCGCUACAAGGACUGCGACCACUUCUCCCUGGCCUGCCCGCAGUGCGGCACGGACAACGUGUACAGCAGCCUCUUCCAGGGAGCCGGCCAGACGCUGGAGCCGGGGCUGAUGCGCUGCUGCCACGCCCCCUGCGGAGCCCGCCUCAUCGACUACCACGCCAACAUCAGCAACAAGCUGCUGCUCGACAUCCGCAAACACAUCAAGAAGUACUACAGUGGAUGGCUGGUGUGUGAGGACCAGGCCUGCCAGAACAGAACCAGGCGUUUGCCCAUCUCCUUCUCUCGCCAUGGGCCCAUCUGCCCCGCCUGCACCAGGGCUACACUCAGACCAGAGUACUCGGAGAAGGCUCUCUACAACCAGCUCUGCUUCCUCCGGUUCCUGUUCGACUGGGACCACGCCGUGAACAAGGUUCUCCCCAGUGAGGACCGAGGCCUCUUCUCCAGGAGGAAGGUGGAGCAGGAGGCGUACCGGAGGCUGAAGGAGGUGGUGGACCGGGCCCUGGCGGUGAGCGGCUACUCGGAGGUGAACCUCUCCAAGCUCUUCCAGGCCUUCAGCUCCCUGAAGUAAAGCCAGGCCCCCUGCUGGGGGGUCCGUCGGGGGCCCCCGGCUCAUCAGGACAUCGUGGACCGGCCACCCCCCGCUGGGCCCACCCCUCGUUGAGGGGGCUCCAAGCCGCACGCCAACAAAGAGCUGCCCUCAGACCUGGUGGUGUGUGUGUGUGUGUGUGUGUGUGUGUGUGUGUGUGUGUGUGUGUGUGUGUGCGUGUGUGUGUGUGCGUGUUCAGAAAGCCAUGCGGCUGCCUCUUGUCCAUAUCUCCCCCCCCCUCCACCACCCCCACC